GACUUCAAGUUGCCAUCAGGAGCUAUGCUGUAAACCUUGGAAACAUUCACGCCUCGCAUCGCUUUCCAACAGCAACCAAGCCCUAUGGCGCAUUUCUAGAUCAUUUCCUUCUUGUCUCAACUACCUAAUAUUAGGUAAUCUUUAAUUAUCGUCAUUGUACAAUAUGAUAGAUCAUAUUCUCGGCAGACCUUCUGUGAAGUCGCGCAGGCUUCAGGUGCUUGCUGCGCUCACAUUCUGGUCCGUCUAUUUGUUCAAAGGCCACCGACACGGCCCUCCCUUAAUUCGUUCCUUGUCCAAGAUAUCUUCCAAGAUAUUGACAACAUGGCAGACUGUAGUCUUUACCAUGAUGUACCUAUACGCCGCCCGGAAUUUCAGCACUCUCUUUGGGCUCGCUAGCCCAGAGCCGAUGGCGAAUAUGUACGACGCGAAAUAUUUCCGUGCAACAUGGGUUUUGACCGCUCUCGAUGCAGGCUUUUGGACAGCCAUGAAAAUAAAGAGGAAGUGGAUACGAGAUAUUGCUAGUCUGGUGUUUUCCCUCUUCUACCUGAUAGCGGCAGAGCGUGCCGACGAGAAAGUUAGAAAGGUCAGGGGGGCCUUGACUGUUGAACAUUUGAGAGUCAGCUGGAACAAGGGAAAAUCCCCAUAUCUGGGAACCCUUCAAAACAUAAUGCGGCCACGAUUCACACGCUGGCCGCCUCGAGCUAUUCGCAUUCCUCGGCCUAGUACGAGUGAUUACAAAGAAGCUGUAUCCGGUUGGCUGUACUACGAUGGUCCUAUUUCGGAUUUGGAGCGCAUAGACAAAAUGAUUUUGGAUAUUCCAGGCGGGGGCUUCGUGGCUAUGGAUCCACGCUGCAACGAUGAUAAGCUUUUUGCUUGGGCUGGAAAGACGGGUCUCCCGGUGCUUAGCCUGGACUACAAAAAGGCACCGGAAUUCCCGUAUCCGUACGCCUUGAAUGAGUGUUUCGACGUAUACACAACUAUAGUUAGGAGUAAGGGGCGAUGCAUAGGGAUGUCGGGGACAACUGUUCCUAAGGUGGUGGUAACAGGCGACAGCGCCGGCGGAAACCUCGCCACAGCCAUGACUUUAAUGGUAGUCGAAAAUGCUACCCACAAACGUCAAUCUGCGAUCCAAGCAGACCUUCCUGUUCCCGUCGGGCUUGUACUUCUCUACCCUGGUCUGGACAUGAACAUCGGAAAUUGGAUGUCUGAUGAGCAGAUGUCUCUCAUCAAAGAUCGGCGAAUGCGGGCGACGAAUAAGGAUUAUCUGCGUCGGAAGAGCAUGCAGUAUAAUGACUUGGUUGGCACCCCUCAUCAAUCAGAUGAUGAAGACGAAGAACCCUCCAACUCAUCCUCCGAUGUAAAAUCGAACAGCUUGGACCCCGGCGCAAACCAGAGCGGACUUCGUAGCCCUCAGCCUGAAUACUCUCACGCCAAUCGUCAGACGUUUGCAAAAUCCGAGCCAUCAACAGUAGUCGCGAAUGGAAAUGGCACAACAAUGUCACAUCGACCCGAACCUAUGCAGACGCGCUUGGCCAUGGCGUCCAUGAUUUCCUAUUUCAACGAUCGUGUCCUAACUCCUGAAAUGAUGCGCGCCAUGAUUAUCUUGUAUAUCGGGCCCCAUAAUCGUCCGGAUUUCUCACAGGACUAUUUAUUGUCCCCUAUCCUAGCUCCUGAUUACCUGUUGCAAAAGUUCCCUAAGACGUACUUCCUCACCGGCGAACGCGAUCCCUUAGUUGACGACACGGUCAUUUUCGCCGGGCGUCUACGCCGCGCAAAGCAAGCGUACUACUCUCAGAACGCCUCGCACGGGAUGAAAGGCCUGGCUGACAUUACCGACUUCAACGAAAAAGAUGUGGCCGAAGUCGUUUUGAUCCCUGGUAUCAGUCACGGCUUCACCCAGUUCCCCACGUUGUACCCGCCCGCGUGGAAGUUGAUUGACCGCUGCGCGCGGUGGGCCGUGGACCUCCUCGACACCGCCGAGACGCGCUCUAAGCGUGAACAGCAGGUCCUAUCCUCCCAGCGCCAUCAACUGCGCGCUGAGUCCAGCGGCGAUGAAGAUAAACCGCUAGAGAUCAGCAUGACGAAGAUGCGAUCGAGGGCCAUAAGCGACGAGGCAAAGGCGAAACAAGGCACCGAACAACCCGCCACCAAGGAAGGGGGUGAGGGUAAUAAGUCGAACGGCAGCGCAAAACGCGGAAAGGCCAAGGGGAGGAACGGUUUUGGGCAAAAGUCAAAAAGCUUCGUUAAGCUGGAUAGCUCGGAUGAUUUACUCGGCAGACGCAUGCAGGGCCUCGCCGGCCCGCUGACCGGGGCUCAUAGCGACGAGGAUUAAGUGGUGUUUGAUGGGCUUACGAAAUGGGCUUGGGCUUCGGUUAGGUGGGAUUCGCUGCAUUUACUACGGAUAUAACGAGAUGUCCUUCUAGGAUAUUAUGCUUUGGGUGGAGGAUUUGACCUCGCGCCAUACU